GGGUUAAAGUUCACAACAAUAAUAAUGGCGGUGGCAUGCUGUUGGUAAGCAUGCAGUCGGAGUUUUAACGUAGGCUAUAAACGAAUAGAACAGAAUGAAGGAGACUCCUUUGUCAAAUUGCGAGCGAGAUUUCUUGCUUAAAGCCAUCCAAGAGAAAAAGCGCCUGGAUGGACGGCAGACUUAUGACUACAGGAAAUUAAAGAUCAUGUUUGGGACUGACUUUGGAUGCUGCUUCGUGGAACUGGGCAAAACGAGGGUAAUGGCUCAGGUAUCCUGUGAGCUGGUGGCUCCCAAAGAGAACCGACCAAAUGAGGGAAUCAUGUUUUUCAAUAUAGAGCUGUCACCCAUGGCUUCACCUGCAUUCGAACAGGGCAGACAGUCAGAGUUGUCGGUGAAGCUAAACCGACAGCUGGAGAGAUGCUUAAGGAACUCCAAGUGCAUCGAUCUGGAGUCCUUAUGUGUGGUGUCUGGCGAAAAGGUCUGGCAAAUUCGGGUGGAUGUACACAUGCUGAAUCACGAUGGCAACCUGAUGGAUGCCGCCAGCAUCGCCGCAAUCGCCUCCCUAUGCCACUUCAGACGACCUGAUGUUGGCAUCCAAGGAGAUGAAGUCACUGUGUAUAGUCCUAAUGAAAGAGAUCCCAUUCCUCUUAGUAUCUACCACAUGCCCAUCAGCGUCAGCUUUGCCUUUUUCCAGCAAGGGACCUAUUUGCUCGUAGAUCCAUGUGAACGGGAGGAGCGCGUCAUGGACGGCUUGCUGAUGAUUGCAAUGAACAAGCACCGGGAAAUCUGCUCCAUCCAGUCGAGUGGCGGCAUCAUGUUGCUCAAAGAGCAGGUAAUGAGAUGCAGUAAAAUAGCCAGCGUCAAAGUGUCUGAAAUCACAAAACUCAUCAUGAAAGCUUUGGAGAAUGACAAAACGGCCCGGAAGGCAGGUGGCAAGUGUGGCUUUGCAGAAUCUAUGCCCCAAGAGCGAAUCACUGCUUUAAAAAAGGACGAGACGGCAGUAGAAAUGACAGACGUGACCGAACGAGCCAAUGACAUUGUCCUGAACGCCGAGGUUCUUCCUCAGACAAGUCAGUCGCUGCUCGUGCCACUCCCAGGCAUGGGACAGGUGGGCAAAGAUCUUCCAAACAGCUGGGGAAUCGAGGAAUAUGACCAAGAUGAGGAGGAAGCUUUCAACAGUGAUGAAGAUAAGCAAACAACGAUGGAGGUUGGGGAAAAACAAAAAGCACACGAAGAUGUGGUUGAGAUAUCUGACAGCGAAGAAGAUGAAGUGGUCAUACUUCAACCAGAGGCAAUGGACAAAGCUCACAAGAAGACAAGUUCAAGUUCCCACCUGAAGGAGCCGGCGGCAUCAAAGAAACGCCACAGAAAAUGAGAGAGAUUUAUAAAGCUUCCAGACGAAUUGCAUCUUUAAUGUUGUUCAAUAGAUCGAGGGUGAUGAAUGUAUACCUUUCACUUGAUGUGUCCCCAGAAGGAAAAAAAACCGCACGGAUUUAAAUCGGGUGAACGGGCAGGACAAACAAUGUCACCACACCAUGAGAUUAAAUGACAUGGGAACAUCCUCAUAACACGUCAAGAAGUGUGGGCUGUUGCCCCCAUCCUAUUGAAACCAAACAUUGUCCAUAUCGUGGAGCAUAGUCAAUUUUGGUCUGAGAAAAAAAAAACUAAUCAAAGGGCUAUUCUAUUUUAUUUGGUCAUUGGUUUAUUUGGUUCUCUGAGCACAGAGAACAUUAUAGGCAUCUGGACAUAAGUCAGGAUCUCCCUUCUGCUUUUGUAUUUGGUUACAGGUUGCUUUACAAUUAUUGUCAAUCAAUGAUGUAUUUGUGAUGUAUGCAUGAUGUGAUGUAUAAUCACAGAUACUCAAUGCAAUUGCGCUUUUUACUCAAAUAUCUUAUGGUAUGCUCUCUCGA